AUGGACCAAUUGCACAACAAGAUGACGAGUGAUCUAACUAUUCGCCAAUGCACCCCAGAUGAUAUUGAUAUAUUAAAGGCAUUAUGCAGAACUACAUUUUGGGAGACCUUUGGUGCAGAUAACACUGAAGAGAAUUUAGAAGCAAUGUUUGAGGAGAGUUUUAAUGAUGCUGUCUUGAAAAAAGAGAUCCUUGAUGAACAUAGCCAUAUCUGCCUACUAUUUUUUGACAAUGAAGCUGCAGCGUUCAUCAAAGUGAAUGACCAUAAAUCCCAGACAGAGGAUAUGGGGACUGAAUACGUGGAAUUACAACGUAUAUAUAUCCUCCAAAAGUACCAAGGUAAAGGACUGGGCCGUGUUUUAAUGGAUAAGGUUCAUGAUAUAGCACAGUCGUACGGAAAGAAGAAAAUCUGGCUAGGUGUUUGGGAACACAAUCAAAAGGCAAUAGAUUUCUAUAAAAAAUUCGGCUUUGAAAUUACUGGAGACCACUCCUUCUUUGUUGGUGACGAUGAACAGCGUGACUAUAUAAUGGAGAAAGUAAUCACUUAA